CUCCAGGGCGUUCAUUCCCGUCACUUCCAGGGGGCUUUUCAGGAGAGCUCAGGAGAGUUCAGGGCUGGUGAAUCAGGCCCGCCUCUCCCGGACUAGGUUCUGCCCCUCCAUCCCUUUUGCCCCGCCUCGCAAUUAGCGCCCGUCCUCCAAAUGCGGCCCAGCUCAACUGCAGCUGCGAGCUCAAUUCCAUUGCGAGACUGAAGUGAGGCUGCACUCUGUGCUUGUUCCUCCUCUGCGGCUAAGACUCAAACCUCUCGGGCUCCCUCUUGCAUCCUCGUUGUUCUCAAUUCUCCACGUCAACUGUUGCAGGCCCCGGAGUACCAGUUCACUUCUCACACAGCACAUCAGCAUGUCCUACUACCCAGGUCAAGGAUAUCAUGGAGGAGGAGGCGGCGGCGGUUACGGAUACGCUCCUCCUCCUGGACCUCCUCCUCCCCAGCAAGAAUACGGCGGUUAUUCUGGAGGCCACUCUGGAGGUCCGAGAUAUCCUCCUCCGUCAUACCCUCCUCCUCCCGGCCUUGAUGCAUACGGCUAUCGUCUCCCACAAGGCCAGCACCACUAUGCUGAGCACGCUCGAGCCGGCCCACCCCCUCCAUCUACGCCCCAACAAUUCGGUCACGGAGCCCCCGAAGGCUAUACUUUCCAAUACUCCAACUGUACCGGUCGUCGCAAGGCUCUUCUGAUUGGCAUCAACUACUUUAACCAGGAGGGAGAGCUUCGAGGUUGUAUCAACGAUGUCCACAAUGUGUCGGCCUUCCUUGUUGAGCGAUAUGGCUACAAGAGAGAGGACAUGGUCAUUCUGACCGAUGAUCAAUCCAACCCAGCCAUGAUUCCUACCCGCGAAAACAUGAUUCGCGCCAUGGGCUGGCUUGUGUCAAACGCUCAGCCCAACGAUGCCCUGUUCCUCCACUACUCUGGUCAUGGUGGUCAGGUCGAAGACUUGGAUGGCGAUGAAGAUGACGGAUACGACGAGUGCAUUUACCCCGUUGACCACUCCGAAGCUGGUCCCAUCAUCGAUGAUGAGAUUCAUUUCCGUGUCGUGAAGCCCCUUGUGCAAGGUGUCCGUCUCACUGCCAUUUUUGACUCGUGCCAUUCAGCCACGGUUAUGGAUCUCCCAUACGUCUACUCAACAAAGGGUGUUCUCAAAGAACCCAACCUAGCCAAGGAAGCUGCAUCAGGCCUCUUCGACGCCUUUAGAGCAUACUCUAGUGGAGAUCUUGCGGGCGCCGCUGGCUCUGUUUUCGGCUUGGCGAAGACCGCCUUCCGAGGUGAUGAUGCGUACGAGAAGACCAAGGACACGCGAACAUCGCCGGCCGAUGUUAUCAUGUGGUCAGGAAGCAAGGAUGACCAGACAUCAGCCGACGCCACGAUUAAUGCUCAGGCGACAGGCGCCAUGUCGUGGGCAUUCAUUUCAGCAAUCAAAGCAAAUCCUAAGCAGAGCUAUGUCGAAUUGCUCAACAGUGUUCGCGACAUUCUGGAGACGAAGUAUACCCAGAAGCCACAACUGUCGAGUAGCCAUCCGAUCGACACCGACCUUCUGUUUAUUAUGUGAGGGAUUGGAGUUUGGGCCAAUAUGGCUCAAUACAGCGAGCAGACGAUUUGGCCUCGCAGUGGAGGAUGCGACGACUGGUGACAGCAGCAUCUGAUGAUUAAGUUUCAUGAAUGAACGUAUGAAUGGAUGAACUUUAAAGGCUUCCCAGUGGAUGAGGGCCGCACACCAACCAAGUGAUACGACAUGUCUCCCUACAAAAUAAAGGGAGCCAUCUGUGUCCCGUCCUGGGAUCUCAAGAUGAACAAGACCAAAAAAAGGAUUCAAUCGUAUCAUUUGCAUAGGAACAGCCCGAUGCGGGGGUCGAACCCGCAACCUUGAGAUGGUGUACUCAUUUAAGAGUCUCACGCUCUACCGAUUGAGCUAACCGGGCCUCAAACGAGGCUUGCUUAUUGACGGAGGGUUGCCGAGAGUUAGGUAUAUGUGAUGACUACUCAACAUGAGCUGUAGAUUUGAUGAUCAUCCUUGUGCAACACGAUUUCCAAGACAGGCCAAAUCGUCCCGUCUGACCUUGAGACUUCAACUCAGCUGUAUGCUUGAAGCGGUUGCCUGUAGUCAAGGCCUGUUGAAGGCUUCGUGGCGUUGACAAAUGCCAGCAGAUAUACUGAACCAUUCUUGCGAGCAUGUGCCGAGAUGGAUCUAAAUGGUUGGUAAAGGCAAGUAAUUGAAAUCAAAUUCAGAUUCAGGAUCAUUGCCGGUCUAAAACCAAAACUCAAUUAAGAAAGAAGCUGAACUGCACUAAAAUGAUGUCGAUCAACUUGUUACUUAAUCCCGUCUACACAACAUUGCUAACACUUCCUGCCCUGCACAAUCUGACCCCUUCUAUUUCCCCAGUCUAUCCCGGUCUAUCCCA